AUGCCAUUCCGCAAAAGAUACAGCACCUCUCAGGGACCAGACCCCCAAGAGGCGCAACUCGACUACCGCAAGUUUCUAGACAUGCUACGCCACGACAACGAUUUGGUCGAAAUCAACACUGAAGUCGACCCUCAUUUAGAACUCGGUGCGAUUAUCCGACGUGUUAGUGAAGUCAACGACAAAGCCCCUCUCUUCAAUAACAUCAAAGGUGCGCGUGACGGUCUGUGGCGUGUCGCGGGCAACGCAGCUAGUCUUCGGCCGAACGAGAAAGACAGAUAUGGCCGAAUAGCUAGGAGUCUUGGAUUGGAGCCUACUGCCAGUUGGAAGGAGAUAUGCGACAGAUGGCAAUCGGGUAAGAGGGCUAAAGUCCUGCCUCCGAAUGUGCUCCCAUCUGGCCCAUGCAAGGACAACAAGAUUAUGGGAGACAAGGUUGAUCUUACCACUCUACCAGUACCUUAUCUUCACACUGGUGAUGGUGGCAAGUACAUCCAAACGUACGGUGUACAUGUCCUCCAAAUGCCUGAUGGAAGUUGGACGAACUGGUCUAUCUUUCGCGGAAUGGUCUACGAUAAGAAUCGUAUUGUCUGUCUUGUCGGAGGCGGCCAGCACAAUUCUAUGAUCCGUGAUGCCUGGUUGGCUGCGGGCAAAACGGAAGUUCCCUGGGCCUUGGCCUUUGGCAUUCCCCCAGCUGCGUCAUUGGCUGCUGCCAUGCCGGUACCAGAGGGUGUUUCCGAAGCUGAAUACGUUGGCGCAUUAGUCGGCAAGCCGCUUGAUCUCGUCAAAUGCGAGCUUAAUGAUCUCCUUGUCCCUGCCAACUCUGAAAUUGUCUUCGAGGGCACGUUCUCGCUGACUGACAAGGCGUAUGAAGGUCCCUUUGAGGAUUAUAUGGGGGUGAUCUUCGAGGGGGAUCAAAGAAUGCAGCCUUUGUUUACUGUUGACGCCAUCACAUAUCGCAAUGAUGCCAUUAUGCCUGUGUCUGUCCCGGGCCGUAUCACAGAUGAAUCGCACACAACAGCAGCGCUUGCAUCUGCUGAACUUCUCGAGCUGUUACAGCGUGAAGGACUUCCCAUCAAGGAAGCCAACUGUCCCCUCGAGACAUACGCCACUUGGUGUGCGCUUCAAGUUGAUGCAGAGAAACUGGGUGACUUGAAAACUAGUUCGGCCGAGCUAUGUGAGAGGAUAGGUGACCUUGCAUUCAAGGACAAGAGCUGCAUGCUUGUCAACCGUAUCAUCUUAGUUGGCGAUGAUGUUGACGUUUUUGACUGGAACGAUGUCAUGUGGGCUGUAGUCACUCGAUGUCGCCCUGGUAAGGACGAGAUUUUGUUCGAGGAGGUUAGAGGCCAUCCAAUUACGCCGUACAUGUCUCACGGGCCACACGGCAAUCCAACUCAAGGCGGUAAGGUUAUUUCAGACUGCUUGAUGCCAAUUGAGUACCAGGGAAAGAGGAACUUUAGGGAAUGUAGCUUCAAUAAGUCGUACCCGGAGGAAAUAAAGAACAAGGUUCGGGCAGGAUGGGAGGGGAUGGGCUUCACCGUGCAGUCAUAA